AAAAGAGACUCUUUCUCAUCAACCCCCCAACAUCUUCAAGAUUGCUUAGGACGGCAAUAGCGAUAUUGUCUAGGUACGUCUGAUGAUGUUGAUGCGCGACCACAACAUUUGAUUUCCUCCCGUCGAUCCCCUUUUCAAUGAUGCCCAAGUCUUGUCUUCGCUCUGCUUCCGGCGCCAGGCUGGAUUCAGCAGCAGCUCUCAUGGCGCCUCAACACAUAGCCUCUGCAUCUUGAGAUCAAUCCUCUAACCUCUCACCACCCUUCAGUAGGCAGUCAUGCAGAUCUUCGUCAAGACCCUAACGGGGAAGACUAUCACCCUUGAGGUGGAGUCUUCCGACACCAUUGACAAUGUCAAGUCCAAGAUCCAGGACAAGGAGGGCAUCCCUCCGGACCAGCAACGGUUGAUCUUCGCCGGCAAGCAGCUCGAGGAUGGCCGCACCCUCUCCGACUACAACAUCCAGAAGGAGAGCACCCUCCAUCUGGUGCUCCGGCUCCGUGGUGGCGGCAAGAAGCGCAAGAAGAAGGUCUACACCACCCCCAAGAAGAUCAAGCACAAGCGCAAGAAGACCAAAUUGGCCGUCCUCAAGUACUACAAGGUCGACAGCGAUGGCAAGAUCGAGCGGCUGAGGCGCGAGUGCCCGCACGAGACAUGCGGUGCCGGUGUCUUCAUGGCGGCCAUGCAGGACCGACAGUACUGCGGACGUUGCCACCUAACCUACGUCUUCGACAAGACCAGCUGAGCGGGUUUUGGAGGGAUGGUUGGAUGAGUCGGAUAUGGAUGGUUUUUUAAAAUGCAUUGAGCUGGUGACAUUCACGGCGUUGAUGUAUGUACCAUAGAAUGGACAUACUGGCUCUGGCUGGCGAGGAAAUGCAGGCAACUGGUCAUGAACAAA